UCCGCUGCUCCGCCCCAGCCUCUGCCUCUGCCUGACCUGUUUCCGAAGAAUCCAGAUUGCGGCUCUUGGAGCUCCGGCCAGGGCCGUGUUGGAUCGCCGAUCGAAGCUCCGGUCCUGAAGGGCGCUGAUCAGGGGGCAACAAAUGUGAGUAAAAGCUUGGCCAACAAUCAAAGGCGAGUUGCCGUAGAUUUAACCUUAGAAGUUGUUAAUGGCAAUACAGGAUGGAGUGGUGGUACCACAUUUAGAGGCCCUCAAAGCCUCUCUGUGAACUCAGGGAGAUCGAAUAAGGAAUUUUUUUUCAGUUGUUUGGAUUACCCUCACAACAUCAAAGGCAGGGGAUCCCCAACUCAUCUGAAUCUUGAAAGGGGUAACCAUAAUUGGACCCCGAAAUCUUCCUCGAGGAGUGCGCCAACAAGCAUUUUACCGAGUCCUGCCGUGAGCCCUCGAAGAGCAUACACCGGAGAUAUCUUUGCUUCUGGUUUGACUCGCCACGAACAUCAGGAAUCUGCUUCCACUAUUUCUCCCAAGGUAGCACCCCUAAAAACUGCUCCUAGUUCUCAGUAUUCUCCUCUCCACAGCCCGACAGCUCGAAGUUCCAUAAGCAAUCAUAGAUCUUCUAAUGAUAUGCCAUUUCCUCUGCAUCAUAAGUUACAAAACGAUAGUAGUAUAGAUCGGUCUGAAAACCAUGGUCACGUCAAUGCCCACCCAUUGCCUCUUCCUCCUCCAUUAGUAGCCUCUUCACAACCAUCUCCACAAUCUCAUCCGCCCAAUGUUCAUAAUUUUAUUGAAAAGCCACAUAUUUCAUCUAUGAAAGGUCAGUGGCAGAAAGGAAAGCUUAUUGGGCGCGGUACAUUCGGAAGUGUUUAUCUUGCAACCAACAAAGAGACUGGAGCUUUAUGUGCAAUGAAAGAAGUUGACCUCAUUCCCGAUGAUCCUAAAUCUGCUGAAUGUUUAAAGCAACUAGAGCAGGAAAUUAAAGUUCUCAGUCAACUUAAACAUCCAAAUAUUGUACAGUAUUAUGGAAGUGAAACAAUUGAUGAUCAUUUCUACAUAUAUUUGGAGUAUGUUUAUCCUGGUUCAAUAAAUAAAUAUGUCCGUGAACGUUGUGGAGCUAUUACAGAAUCAAUUGUUCGCAAUUUCACCCGCCAUAUUCUCUCUGGACUGGCUUACUUGCAUAGCACAAAAACAAUUCACAGGGAUAUCAAAGGUGCAAACUUACUAGUCGACUCAUCGGGUGUUGUCAAACUUGCAGAUUUUGGGAUGGCAAAACAUCUCUCAGGGCAGUAUGAUCUCUCUUUAAAGGGUAGUCCAUACUGGAUGGCUCCUGAGGUCAUAAAGGCUGCUAUGUUGAAAGAUGCCAACCCUGAUCUUGCCUUGGCAGUUGACAUAUGGAGUCUGGGUUGCACCAUAAUCGAAAUGCUGAAUGGAAAACCUCCCUGGAGUGAGUUUGAAGGGCAUCAAGCUAUGUUCAAGGUGUUGAAUAAAACCCCAGCUAUCCCGGAAAAGCUAUCUCCAGAAGGGAAAGACUUCCUCCAGUGUUGCUUUGAAAGGAAUCCAGCCGAUAGACCAACAGCCAUGGUGCUCCUCGACCAUCCUUUCUUAAGAUCUUCAAAUGACUCUAAUCUUCCAAUCCCCACAUCAGCAUUUUCAACAAUGAACCUCUUGGAAAAAUUAUUGAGUCCAAAGGACCGCCUUAAUCCCAAAGGAGAUCAGACGCAGAACUCUCCCGGAAAUUCGGUCAAGAAUGAUUAUCUAUCAUGUCGUAGCCCUUCAACGAACAUCUCGAGCAAUAUUCCCGCUGGUGCUGCUAACAACCAUCACUUUGCUCUUUCAAGGACUCAUAAGAGGGAAGUGCCGCACCUCUGAACCGCGGUUGUGGAUAUUUACAGGCAAAUACUAGACCAAGUGAGGAAAUUAGCCGCUCUCUGCAGAAGACCACAUGGAGGUGGGAUAGAGAUCAUCUUCCCCGCACCUUGGUCUAAUAACAGAACUUAUUCUCUCUUGAGCAAAUUCCUCAUAGGUCUUAGAAACCGCCAAACUGGAGGUCUUUGCCAAUGUUCGAGCAAUUGCCCUAACGUUUUUUUGUACUAAUAGAAAUGAUAUCAUACUUGUAAGACGAAGACACUAGGAAAAGAAGAGAUGAACAUUCUUUUUGUACACAUUCUAUAAGCAGGAUUAGCUUUGGAUCUGUAUAUAUUUAGGUUGCAUUUGCGUUCUCCCAUUCACUAACAGUGCAACUCACAGAAGGCAAGAUGCCAUUUUUAAUGAUCUUGACAUCUCAGUUUU